CUCCCGACGCCAGCAGAAGUCUGACUAUCUUCAAGCUCAUCGUUCGAGAGUGGAUGGAAAGAGAGGGUUUCUAAUCUCUAUAGACCUGUCUCUACUGCCCGUUACAGCUCUCUGGACUACGAUGUCUCUCCAAUCGUCUCUCACCUCUCUUCGAGCUUACCUUCGACCCUCAAUAGCACCGUCAGCUCAUUUGCACCCCGUCAGACAUGCAUCACUGAACUCGGCCAUUGGCCGGGGCAUCCGCAGGUCACAAUAUGUCGAUGAUGUUCCUCAACGACGCAAUUCCGCCCGCGAUGCUCGGGAUGGUGGGCACAAAAGAAACAUGGCCAAGCGUGACAAACGCCCAGAAGCGCGGGAGCACCGGUCUGGAACCGCAUUCGACGAGGAAGAGUUCAUCAAGAAAGGGACAUUUCGCGCAUUGCCUCGCGCAUAUCAAACAGAAAGAACUGUAACUAAAAGAGGGAAGGAUGGAAAGAAUAUCUAUACGAAUGAGGAAGUGAGGCACCCUGAUUAUGUCGGCGACGAUCAGGAAAUCAGGAGUGGGCGUUUCCGCACAUUAUCCCAGGAUUAUCAGAGCAGGCAUCCCCCGCCUCGCCAACAUCGUCCCACCGACAAAUUUCCCGAAGAAGUCAAAAGUUUCGUCAAAAUUCCCCUCUCAGUGCCUUAUACCACGCCUGCAUCGCAGUUUGUUUAUGGAAUUUCUGCAUGCAUGGCUGCAUUACGUGGCAGCCGUCGCCGGCUAUACAAACUCUACCUCUACCAAUCAGAGGGCCAAGAAUUAACCCCGGAGAAAAUAGCUCUACGAAAACUGGCACUUUCGAAAAAUGUGGCGGUAAAAAUGGCUUUUGCAAGCUGGCGCCGGUUACUCGACCAGAUGAGUGAUGGCCGACCUCACCAAGGCUGUAUUCUUGAGGUAUCCCCUUUGCCUCGGCUGCCAGUGCAAUAUUUCAGACCCGUUCCAUCUCCGGGGGCGGAUCACUUCAGCCUAGAGCUGGGAGCGCAAUCGCGAGAAGAAGCACAGGUAAACACUAUGAACAACACGGUUGACAUCAACAACACCUUUGGAAAAAGGUAUCCUGUUGUUGUACUACUCGACGGCAUCGUCGAUCCCGGGAAUCUCGGCGCCAUCAUUCGCUCCGCCUACUACAUGGGAGCCGACGCCAUAGUUUUCGCGGGCCGAAACUCAGCAGAGAUAUCCCCAGUAGUUAUUAAGGCAUCUGCAGGAGCCGCAGAACAUAUGACAUUUCUUCACGUGCGAAAUGAAGUCGAUUUCAUUCGACAAUCAAAAGGAAAUGGGUGGCGGUUUUACGCCGCUGAUGCGCCAGGCAAGGGAUCUUCAUCUGUAUAUAUGGACCCGGCCGAGUUUGGGAAUGAGGGCACUGUCGCCCAGGCACCGAGUGUCAUUAUGAUGGGCAGUGAGGGCGCGGGGCUUAGCCCCCACAUCCUUUCCCAGGCAAAUGCUGUUGUUGGCAUCCCUGGUGCUAAAAUCAGCCCCGAGUUGGGCGUGGAGUCAGAUCCGGCCAGAGUGGACAGUCUCAAUGUAAGCGUUGCGGCUGCUUUGUUGAUGAAUAUGUUCCUUCGGGUGCCGGUUUCAUGGGCCAAGAAGGAGGAUGCUAGGGUCUGGUGAGGGGUGAGCAUCUAUACAGUAAUAUCAACGACAUCAUAUGUACACAUACGUCCGAAUCGCAUAGUAUAAAUUCAUAGCAUACAAAUAUACCGA